AUGACCUCAAGGAGGAGUUACAUGGAUCUCCCUCCUAGUAUUCCUGUAACCUCUAAGGAGGGUGUUAUGUGUAAGUUGCGGAAGUCUUUAUAUGGAUUAAAGCAGUCUCCAAGAGCGUGGUUUAGGAGAUUUGCAGCAUUUAUGAAGAAAUUUGGAGAUGAUCAGGCAGAAAUGCAAAAUCUUCAGAAGUAUCUAGCUUCCGAGUUUGAGAUAAAGUCAUUGGGUGAUUUGAAGUACUUUCUUGGAAUUGAAGUUGCUAAAUCUAAACAUGAGACUGGAAUGUUGGAUUGUAAACCAAUUGAUACCCCUAGUGAACAGAAUCAUAAGUUGGGGUUGUAUCAUGAUCAUGUCCCUACAGAUAAAGAGCGUUAUCAACGACUUGUAGGGAAAUUGAUUUAUUUAUCUCAUACGCAUCCUGAUAUUGCAUAUGCAUAUGGUCAUAUAGAUGUGGAAGGGUAUACAGAUGCUGAUUGGGCUGGUUUAAGGCUUCUCCGUUAUAUCAUCCGAGUAUCAGCUGGCAAAUGUUUUUACGAAAGUUGUGUCUAG